AUGGCUUGCAUGAGAUGCAAUAUGUCUCAGGCCAUAGUUAUCCGAGCUAAAGACAGGACCAAAGUUUGCAAGUCUUGCUUCUUCAAGGGAUUUGAAGCAGAUGUCCACGAGACGAUAACUUCUUCUGGAAUGCUCAGGAAGGGAGAUAGGGUUGGGGUUGGAAUGAGUGGAGGAAAGGAUAGUACAGUUCUGGCCUAUGUAUUGGAUCUGCUCAAUAAAAGGCACGGAUAUGGGGUGGAGCUUGUGCUGCUUAGUGUUGAUGAAGGAAUAGCAGGAUAUAGAGACCAAUCUAUUGUGUCUGUAUGCAAGAAUAGUGCUAGACUUGGACUGGAGCUUAAAAUAGUAUCGUUUGAAGAGCUGUUUGGAACAACAAUGGACAAUGUUGUUCAGAAGAUAGGAAGAAAGGGUAACUGUACAUAUUGCGGGGUAUUUCGGAGGCAGGCGCUGGAGGAUGCAGCAAAAAGGAUGGGUGUCAAUGUGAUAGCAACGGGCCACAAUGCAGAUGAUGUGGCCGAGACUGUCUUGCUUAAUAUCAUCCGGGGAGAUAUUUCCAGGCUCAGAAGAUGCACUCUUGCAAAGACAAGGCCACAAAGCAAUGGGAAAGGGGAAAUGAUGUCUCUUUCAAGAUUGAAGCCUUUCAAGCACAUCUACCAAAAGGAAAUAGUGCUCUAUGCUUUCCACAAGAAGUUGGAGUACUUCUCCACUGAGUGCACAUACUCCUUAGGAGCAUCUAGGGGAGACCUAAGAAUGCUAGUGAAGCAGUUAGAAAGAGAAGACCCAAAAGUAAUACUGAAUGUGAUAAGAAGUGGAGACAUGCUACAGGAGGAAGAGCCUGCACAUAGAACGCCUGUCCCGUGCACCUUGUGUGGGCACUCAACAUCCUCUCACGAUGCCAUAUGCAAUGGAUGUACGCUUGUAAGGAAGUUGAGGCAGUACAGCGCCUGA